CGUAUUCAAAACAAGAACAAGAACCAAAAUGUUCGCUAAAGUUACCCUCGUUGCCCUUUUUGCUGUAUCGGCUGUUUUAGCUGGUGGACAUGGUGGUGAAUCAUACGCAAACACCAAUUUGUAUGCUUAUGGUGGUGGACACGGCGGAGAUGGGGGUCAUGGUGGACAUGGUGGAGAUGAUGGUCAUGACUACUAUGCUUACCCAAAAUAUGACUUCAAAUAUGGCGUUGCCGAUAAACACACUGGUGAUAACAAAGAGCAACACGAAGAACGUGAUGGGGAUGUUGUUAAAGGAUACUACACCCUUCACGAAGCUGAUGGAACCAUCAGAACUGUUCAUUACACCGCCGAUAAACACAAUGGAUUCAAUGCCCACGUUGUUAGAUCAGGACAUGCUGCCCAUCCAGCUGUUUACGGACAUGGAGGACAUGAUGGACAUUAUUAAUAAUUUUAAUUGUUAAUCAAUU